AAGUCAAGUUGCGCGCGGAUCACGUGGGCCCAGUGUUACAGACGUCUUCGGCAGUCAGCUGAUGAUGUUAUUGAUCUCAGUGUUAAUUUAAUCGCCGUGAUUUGUAAUUCAGUUAUGAGAUAAAAGACACUCCGGGCUGAUGCGAGUGCAGGCGCUUAAAAGCGGUGACGAUAAUGAAUGCGCACGAUCACGUCAGGUCUCGGAAGCCACGCAAGUUUCAGUAAGCCUGCAUAUUGCUUGGAUCAAAAUAACCUGGUGCCUCGAGUUUCCUGGCUGGCUGCUGGCUGGGCUCCUCCUCUCCACCCCGACGAUAACUUUGCUGUUAGUGGCUGCUGAUCACCGAAACUGUCUGGGUAACUGGCUAAACGGGAUGUUCCCGUCUUAAUGCAUAAACGGCGGAAGAAGUUCGGAAAGACACACAGUCGUGACCGUGAAGAGACGAUGGCCACGCGAACUGGGAUGGAAAAAAUCGUGAAGGAUGCUGGAGAGAUCAGCACCCGCCUCUUGGACCACAAAGCGUUCACGCAUGGUCAGGCUCGCUUCAUGCUUCGCGAGUUCGAGGAGCGGCGCGGGUACCGCGAGAUGCGCCGCCUGCAGGAGGCCGAGGAAACGAUGACACGCAUGGCCGACUCGCUGCUGCCCGACACCCUGGCCCUCACCCAGGAGCUCCCCACCAUGCUCGCUCGCCUGGAGGCUGCAAACCGCAUGUGCAACCGCAUCCUGCAGCACCAGGACGAGCCUCGUGAGCAUGAGGCGCUGGGGAAGGGGCGAGAGCGGCGGCGCGCCGAGCUGGACGCGAGCUUGCGGCGGAUGCGCGAGCACUGCGCCGGCACGGACGCCCGGCACGACCGGGAGAUGGCGGAGACGCGGGCACGCUACGAGCGCCUCGCCCUCGAGCUGCAGGAGGGUUACGCCCGCACGACGGCGCCGUGACCCCUGCCGCCGGCAAGACCGUCGCCGCGACCGUCGCCGCCAGAAUCGGAAUCUUGGUGUUUUUUGACUGGAGGAAUCCGACAAGCUUACGAAGCUCUUUUUUUUUUCACAGACGACCAGUAAAUGUCCGCCGUCGCCACGUGCAGCCCGUGUCGACUGGCGCGGCUCCUCCCAUGCUCGUGGCUGUUGUCGUGGCCUUCAAAUGGGUUUGGCAACAAGCACACGUGCGGCGACAAAGAUCCCCCCCAUAUAGCCUUUACAGAGUGUUGGGGCAAGAGCUGUUUGCAAGCACUGAAGGUCCAUGCAGAUUCAGCUUUAUUUCUCCACUGUUGAGUCCUUUGUUAAACUGAACAAUACAGAGACACCAAUAUUGUUGGAAAUGACUCCAGCACCGCAGAAAUCCUGGGUUCGAAUCCCGGCAGCUUUCGGUAGUUAAAACGGGUCCUCAAGUGUAGUAGUGAGUUGAUGGGUCUCGGCCCUGUCACCUAUGAUGGCACAAAAAACCACCACAUUAAUUCUUAAUUUGUAUAAAUUCAAACUCUGAUUAUGUAAGAUAUUGCUUUUUCACACCACUCAUAUGCAAAGAGAUUUGUAAAGCGCUGCCCUCUACCGUGUGUGUGGUUGUCAGGUUUUUCCAGGACACGACUAAACCCAUCGAUUCGUCGUGUGGGGUGAUUGGAUUGGUCGUCACAUGCCUCAUGUACAUGUAUACUCUAGGUAUUGUAUCGCUCUUUCAUGAUACGUGGUCCAUCACUAGGAUCGCCAGUACCAGCCAGCACUACUAUGCAUCUGCUAUGAAGGGCUUGGGGAAUAGGGUAAUGCCCCAGUUCAAAGACACUGAGCUGUAGUCCAUGAGGGCCAAAACCAAAUAUUCCACUUGUAGGUGCCACGAGAUGUGGCAUAACUUGAGCGGUUCCAAUUUAUUUACUUGGCCAAUGAUGGUGAAUUGUGAUUUGAAAUGAAUGGGUUAUCAAAUCGUUCCUCUUAUAGGCUACUCUUUAUUUUGCGACUGUGGGUGAUACCAAUGUCUGCUCUGGCCCGUGGACUGCUAGGACUAUUAAGAUCUUGGGUUCAGGUCCGGGUUUCAGCCAGCUGUGGUUAAACUAGGUUCUCGUUUUCAGAGAAUUGAUGGUUGUGGUCCGAUCACCAGUGACAACACAAAAAAUGCAUGCUUUGUGUAUUUCAUUGAGCCUAGCCCAGAUACAAAAUAAGCAGUAUGUUUUUGCGUUAGUGUUGUUGAUCUCUUUGUGUAUGCGGAUUGUCCAGCGUGUUCAGAAAAUAAUAUUCAGGAACUGAAAUUCAGUUCCCUGAAGCUCCCAACACGUGGGGCGAAAUGUCGGGCAUCGUGCCGAGCAGCACGUGGUCCAGCCCAAAAAGCAUUUGAGAGCUAAACAUCCCAUUGGCGUGCCGACAGGAGCUUGACAUUUUUUUUAUCGUACCGUUCGUGCAAAUUCCAUCUCAAAAUGCCAUAGAAUUUGUAACUCGCAGAACUACAAACGAGCGGAAAGGCAGCCACAACCGGCGCCAACAAUUGCCCAAGCUCUGUCGUCAUAUAUUGAAAUGUUUGGCCAACUUUUACGGCCUCGGAGCAAUUCGCCACACAUUGCUUUUGGAAGCAAGUUUCCCUGUUGCAUUCAGAUGUUCAGACACUUGCCCAGAAGCUAUUUAUGAUGUAUGUUAUAAACAGCUAAGGUUGAUCUAACUUUCAAUACAAGUCUCGUGGUUGAAUUUGUAUGCUCAAAAACUCAUGUGCUUAAAAUGUGUGGUUUAAGAAUUCCUAAUUCACAUUACGUAUAGAAAUGUAAUUACAAAAUGUCAUGCUUAGGUUUAAGUUUCUGGAGAAAUGGACAUGAAUUGCACAUGUGCCUGUUUUCCAUUGCCCUUGUCACAUUUUAUUUAACAAAUACAUGCUUUUGAUUUAAA